ACAAUGAAUUGUAUAACAGUUGAAUGUGUGUUGUCAUUCAAUAUUUUUAUUAGGAAUGAAACUUUAUUGGGAAGCUUUAUAAAACCACCUGAGAUUUCUGUGCCGAGACCUGCUGUAAUGAGACAGAGAGUAGAAGUGAAAGAGAGGAGCCCUGCUGAGAGGAACCCUGCUGAGGUAUCGUUAUUACAGGACUCUUUUGUACCUAGACCAAGAAUUCUGGGAUACUCAAGAAUACACACGCCAACACAACCUGAUUUCAGUUUUACUGGGGACACUCCUAUAAUAACCAAAGUCAGGUUUCCUGAGCAAACUGUCAGACAGACUGUGAGGAAAACCAGACCAGUCAACGAUUUAUUACAAUCACAGUACCUCUCAGAAGAUUGGAUAAACAAUUUGUAAGUAUUAUGA